CAGUGCGGCAUGGACUUGUGCGCCAACCGCUUCCUUAUAAAAUACAGGUAGCUCGUGUAAAUAAUUGUUUAAAAAACAAUAACAAUUAAAAACAAUACUUAUAUGUCAAAUGGAAUGAUAAAAGUUUUAUAAAUAUUAAAUUGACAUUAAAAAAACAAACAGUUGUAAUACGUCGUAAUUACAGAUUAGUUAUUUAAUAACAUCUGUAUUUUCUUCGGUUGAUCCAAUUAAAAUAACGUGGACAGUGGAUGUUUUAUAAACAUUACGGCAAAAUGAUUAAAUAAAUUAAGAUUAAGAUAACAGAUGAGAAUUAUACUUCAAAAGUAAGUUUUCUAAAGUACUCUGGACGGAAAUAAGUACUCUAAAUUAAAAUUGGAUACCGGUCAACUAUUAUUGGAGUUGUUUUUGUUGGUCCGAUAUUAACAAUAUUAUAAAUAAACAAAAUGUAAUGACGGGGACCGCGCUUCGUAAUUUAAACGAAGUGAAUGUAAUGUUAUGGGCUCCGAUUAUAUGAGCUCUAAAUGUUGUGAUUGUUUAUUUUAGUUUUAUUCUGUUAAAUUAUUUUUUAUCACGCCAUCAUGAUGCUCGUUCGACUGGUGCUCACCACGACAUUAUUUCUACUGGUUCUUGGGAUCAGGAAUUCAACGAGUCAGCUGCGGGAUGAACUUGUCGCGACAACUAAAGAUCGUCAGGCGGUUGAUAAAGCACAUGGUGGAAAUAACGCACGAAUAAGACGACAUGUUCUACGCGGAAUAGAAGAGGGAAAAGACGAGGCUCAGGACCACCGACAAGGAAGGACAGCUUUUAACACCGAGUCCCCAACCUCUAAGGCGAAACGCGAGCAGGUAUUCCGAAACCGUUUGGCAGUCCGCCGUCGGCAGGCCUUGACCCGAUCUGUUUCUCCGAAAAGCCAGCUGAAUUCCACUUUGAAAUCCUCUCUAAACAAUUCCCAGGACUUGUUGGAGGUCCAGGAGACCAGACACAGCGUCUACGUGACUGCCCCUUCAGACUCAGACUUGGAUGACCAGCCGACUCUUGAUGAGGAGAGCGAAAAAGAAGAAGAAGAUCAUAGCACAAUUGGUUCAUUAUCUCGCAACUCAUCGCCCAAAAACGGGUCUUUGACUCAGUCAUCGCAAAUGAGAAGAAAGAACACUGUAGUGAUGCCCGAGUCACUGUACAAUCAUUUCCGGCCAGUAGAAAGCAACAUUCCCAUAGAAGACAUGACGCAGUUUCGGUACUUUGGCCAGAAAAUCCGCCCGGAAAACACCACUAGCAACAAUUCCGUCGAAGUUACCAGCACUUCUGCUUCUCCUAUGCAGAGGAGGAGAUUUUUCAUCAAAGGGUUCAGCACUACUGCGACUCCUUCAUCGAAACUCGAGGAAAUGAUCAACGAAGAGAUGAACAUCGCAGUCGAUAAGUCUACUGUGGAGAGAAACAAGAUCCCCAAGACCAAAAACCUCCUCAGGGGCACUAAUUUGUAUCUUAGAAAGAGCCAAAGGUCAGAUUCUUUGCCGGCGAAUGUUACUGCCAAAAACGGAAGCACUGAAGGAAACUCUGUCCAGUUUGAUAUUGCUUCUAAUGAUGUUACACUGAGGAAUUUGACCUUAAAUGAUACCAAAGAUGAAUUCUUGAUAUCAAAAAUUGAAAAGCCCAAAAGUUCUUCCGUUCGUAGCAAAAAAACAGGAGUUUCGCAAACUGGAAAUAACAAAGAAGAAAAAGGGCUGAUGAUACCUUCAGAGUCUUCUCAGGUUCUCGGUAGGAUUUCGACAUGGCUGUCCAUAAACGCUGACCCAAUGACACCCUCGAUGGACAGAGAAAAUGUAGGUACUUCUUCUAGCUCGUUGCGAAUUGUUGUAACGGAGAUACCGACAGUAUCCGAACUAACGGGGAAUUCGUCUGGUUUAGAGCCUGUAAAUAUCAUUGCUGAGAACGUUGUUACUUUAGUGCCUUCAACAUCAACAUCAACAUCAACAUCAUCAUCAUCAUCAAUAUUAACUACAACAUUAACACCGACUACAACAGCGGCCACAGUAACGGAUACUUUUACUUCAGUAACAGGGAUUCCUAAUGAAGAAGCACCUGUUGCGCUAGCACAGCAGAUGCACCCGUAUGCCUACACGAUCACAAAUGUAACUCGGCUGCUAGGAAACUACUCCGGACCUGGGUCAAAUGACAACCCGUCGUUGACAACGUUAAAAGAACAAGUAAAUUCUUGGUUUUCUCCUCCUCUUGCUACCUCUGGCAUGGAUCUACUACACUCGACGCGCACGCCCGGCCCAGUCAGUGUUGCUCCGACUGCCGUUGAACACAGUGCUACAACUGAGCAGAGCACCCCGCUAACUGCUGCUGCGCUCUUGGUGGGAGAAACUUUUAACGAUACUACUUUACAGCAACAAGUCACCGCGUAUUCAGUUCACCGCAACACUUCUCAGGCAUCCACUGCGGUUCCAAUCUCGACUGAUAAUCCUGCUGUUGUUGGUUCUUCUAAUUCUAAUUCUAAUUCCAAUUCCAAUUCCAAUUCUACUCCCAAUCCCACCGAACCAACCAGGACUUUUGCUGAAGAAAAAGGACACCUUAAAAAAGUGACUGAUGAAGAAAAGACUACUGUAAGUUCAAUUGUUGACAAAAAAGUGACCAAUGACAAAAAACUGUUUAGGUCAACUACCCCCAGUGCAGUUAGUUCUGAAGGAAAGGAAGCUGACCAGAAUCUGCCCAGAUCAACGACUCCAGAAAGUGUCGAACGAAAGUCAACACUGAAGUUGACCACCGAAAGUGGGGAAAAGGUGCUAGAUAAAAAGGAGGUUAAUGACAGGAGGCUGUUGAGGAAGUCGGCCAGCGCAGUGCUCAAUCAGAGGAUCACUGGGGAGGAAUCUGUUAGAGAUUCUAAGAGGCGUCGAAGUGAUAUCAGAAGUGGAAUCAGAAGCACCAAAGGACGUGUUGAUGAAAGGGUCGGCUCGAGGUCUAUUGACGGCAAAGAUGAGGUGAUUCAACCGGUUGAUAGUUCUAAUAAUAGUUAUAAUAUCGGCAGUAUCAUGGCGAAUAGCAGCAUGAUAGGGGAAUCUGGUGCGAAUUCUGGGUCUGGUUUGCCUAUAGUUGGUGAAGGCCAGAAGUUUGAAGGUGUGAAGUUGAACUUGAGCGAGCCGGUGAAGGGGAACGGGGAAAGUGAUAGUGGGACUGGAUUUGGUGAUUUGAAAUUGGUUAGCUCAACCGUGAAAACUCCGGUUUUUCCUGUUACUCCGAUGAUUUUAGACGAUAAGGAUAAGGGAAAGAGUCAGGAUCAGGAUCAGGAUGUCGAUGGAAAAAUCGAAGAAACUGCGAAAGCUCCGGACAGACCGUUUGGAAUUGCGAAGGAUUUGGACCCUUCUGAAAUUCAGAAGAUGUACCGAUCCCAGACGACCUUGAAGCCGGAAGGAACAACGCUUCCGGAGGCAAACCUGGUGACCUCUCCGCAAACUCCAAAAAUGGAAUUGAAGAAAAAUGGAGAGAGGUCGCCGGAGGUCAGGGGAAGAAAUCUCUCGGACAAGACCAAGGACAAGGAUGAUGUUCUGCCGAUAAUGCAUUUGUACAAUACGUCGGAUAUUUUUAAUGGGACGAUGAAGGACUUGGAAAAUAGGGAGAACAGAACGGUGGAGGUGAAGACGGUAGAUGGAGAAGAAAAUGUGAGUGCGAAGGGUAGAAAUAGGGAAAGCGCGUCGAAUUCUACGAAGAUACAGAAUUCGAAUCCGGGCUCUGGUUCUCUCGGGAACAAAACCAGGCACAAACCGGUGUACUUUUCUGGCCCGGAACCCAACGGGUAUCAUCAGGUGAAUUCGAGUUUUUACGAACCCGGGAUCAUUCCGGUUACUAUGCGCGACCCGAUAAACAUGAGUGAAGUAAUCACCAAAAGGCACGACGGAGACACUUUAGCGACCCAGGAAACGGUCGUUAUCGUGAGUUACAUACUCGCGGGACUUGUUUUCUUCCCGAUUGUUGUUGGGGUGGUGCUUAUCUUCAGAAGACUGAUAAUAAAGAAUCGCAAGGUGCUGGAGGAGUCUGACACAUCAUCAGAGAUAAGCUGCAGGAAGGAUGCACUGAAUCUCGAGAAUGGGGACUUCAAGACCUCGAUCGAAAAGGCGAUAACCAAAUUGCCGAGGAUACAGCAUCUCUGCCACGAAGCAGAGAAACCGCCGCCUCCAGCGAAACAAGAGUCAAGAUGGGAGUUUCCUCGUGACAAGCUGAGGCUCCAAACAGUCCUAGGACAGGGUAAUUUCGGACAAGUAUGGAAAGCAGAAGCUGAUGACUUGACGGGUCAUAAAGGAACGACCCGACUGGUUGCCGUAAAAACUGUCAAAGAAGGCGCUUCUGCAAGAGAAAAGGAAGAUCUUGUCAGGGAAUUAGAAAUUAUGCAGCAGUUGGGGAAUCAUCCGAACGUCGUUACAUUAUUAGGCUGUUGCACUGAAGAAGAACCGCACUACCUGAUCCUGGAGUACGUGAUGUAUGGGAAGUUAUUGGCCUACCUCAGAGAUCACCGGACCAGACAGGAUUUCUACAACUUCAGUGAAGAUUCAGCAGCAUUGACCUCCCGAGACCUUACUGUGUUUGGGUACUGCGUCGCUCGGGGCAUGGAAUACCUCGCGUCAAAAAAGAUAAUUCACAGAGACUUGGCGGCGCGCAAUGUCUUAGUAGAUCACAAUAAAUUAUGCAAAAUAGCAGACUUUGGGAUGUCGAGGUUCGCCAAUGAAGAUGGAGAGUGCAUUGAGACGAGACAUGGAAGAAAUGCUUUGCCAAUUAGAUGGAUGGCUCCAGAGUCCCUUAUUUAUUCGUUGUUUACGACUAAAACAGACGUCUGGAGUUUUGGAAUUCUUAUGUGGGAAAUAGUAACUCUUGGUUCGACGCCGUAUCCCGACAUGGCGGCCAGAGAAGUAAUGAGGAACGUACAAGAUGGCUACCGACUGGAGCGCCCCUCGCACUGUCGCAGCGAACUAUUCAGGGUGAUCGCAAGGUGCUGGCACGCGGACCCAGAUCGUCGUCCAGAGUUCCAGCUUCUGAGACGCGAUUUGGCCCAACUUCUUGAAGACAAUAUGAACGGACACUAUGUAGAUCUUGAAAGUUACGCGUCUGAAUGUACCGACUAGUUUUAAAGUGCGAUGUCUUCAAUAAUGUGUAGUGAUAGCCAUCAAAGACACUAUUUUCAAAUACAGGGGCCAAAAAUUGGGUUUUUUUGGCUGAACAAAUUUUUUACAAUACACAAUUAAAUUCCCUUCCAAAUCAAUUUUUUUUUUAAUUGUAUAUAAAUUAAGAAGAAAAUUGUAAACUGAAAAAAUUAGGUUAUGUCUCAUAGAAGACAAAUAAAUUUUUAUUCUACUUUGUUUAUGCAAAAAUAUGAAACUAAGAACUUUGUUCGUCAAACAAACCCAUUGUCUCAUUAAUAUUUACAUGAAUAUAUAAAAAAUCAAUUAAUAUUUAAUUUAAAAAUCGUCUUCCAUUGUGCGGCUGUUUUUUAACCUGUAAAUACGAUGACGCGUUUAUAUUUAAUCGCAAAUCAAAAUUAUAAAAGACAGCCGUUGGUGGAAAAACUUAAAAAUAACUUUUUCAUAUAUAUAUAUAUAUUAUUACAUAUAUGUAUGUAAAUCUAAAUUUUAUAUUUUACGUGUGUAUAAACCUAAGGUUACUUCUAAUCAUUCUAGUCUUUUGACGUCCUGGAGAUACAAUCGACUUAUCGAAUAUUUUAUUGCGGACGAGCACAAUUGAAUCGUGUGAUAUAAAAUAAAUAAUCUAAUUCGUAAAUUAAAAAUUAAAUUAAGUAUAAUAAAUAAAAAAAAAAAAUUGUGUAUAAAAAUAAAUUAAUAACCUAAAAACAAUCAAAAAUUCGAUACUCGAUUAACCUCCAAGUCCGUCAGCUGAUACUUUGCAUAAGUAUUUUAUUUACUUAAUAAUAAACAUUAAUUGUAAACCACUAGCUAUUAAAUUUUCACUGUAACGAAAAUUUACAUAAUUAAAAAAUGUUGUUUUAUUAUAUUUUUUAAAACGAUCAGCACGUCCAGUAAUUUACAAUUAUUAAAUUGUGAACAAAAUGUCCAGUAAAUGUUAUUGUAUAUUAAAAGAUAAAACAAUCGA